CCGCGGGGCCGAGGCGACGCCGCACCCGGCAGCCUGAGCGCACAGCCGGCCUUGACCCAGAGCUCCGAACCGCGAGCGCCGCGUCCGCCGCCGGCCCCACCCAUCCGGACCGCGGCCAUGGCCGAGACCGAGGAGCGGAGCCUGGACAACUUCUUCGCCAAGAGGGACAAGAAGAAGAAGAAGGAGCGGAGCAGUCGGGCGGCCAACGCGGCGAGCGGCGCGGGCGGGAGCAGCUUGGCGCCGGGCGCCAGGCCGGGCGACGGCGGGAGCUCGGGCUCCGGUGCCAGGCCGGGCGACGGCGGGAGCUCGGGCUCCGGUGCCAGAUCGGGCGACGGCGGGAGCUCGGGCUCCGGUGCCAGGUCGGGCGACGGCGGGACCUCGAGGUCGGGCGACGGCGGGAGCUCGGGCUCCGCCGGCAAGGCCGUAACGAAGGAUGAAGAUGAGUGGAAAGAAUUUGAGCAAAAAGAGGUUGAUUACAGCGGACUAAGAGUUCAGGCAAUGCAAAUAAGUGAAAAGGAAGAUGAUGAUAAUGAAAAGAGAGAAGAUCCGGGAGAUAACUGGGAAGAAGGUGGAGGUGGUAGUGGAGUAGAAAAAUCUUCAGGUCCCUGGAAUAAAACAGCUCCAGUACAAGCGCCUCCUGCUCCAGUAAUAGUUACAGAAACCCCGGAGCCGGCAAUGCCUAGUGGUGUAUAUAGGCCUCCUGGGGCCAGGCUAACCACAACAAGGAAAACGCCACAAGGACCACCAGAAAUAUACAGUGACACACAGUUCCCAUCCCUGCAGUCCACUGCCAAGCACGUAGAGAGCCGGAAGGAUAAAGAAAUGGAGAAGAGCUUUGAAGUAGUAAGACACAAAAAUAGAGGUAGGGAGGAGGUUUCAAAAAACCAGGCCCUUAAACUUCAGCUAGACAACCAGUAUGCUGUGCUUGAAAAUCAGAAGUACAGCCACACACAGUACAGUUAAGCAAUGGUCUUUGCUAAGCCUUCCAAGAUAACUAGACCACAGCUAACCACCAAGAACAGCCAUUCAGCGUCUGAUUUCUGGAUUUACAGUGACUGAGUGAAAGACCUCGAUUCCAGUGACUGUCCCUGUUGCACUAUGGAAGUUCAAGAGUCACAACUGAUCUUGAUGUGUGUUGGAUUUAGGGUGUUUUCAUUGUCUUAAAUAUUUGUGAAUUAGAUUCAGCAGUGUUUCCGUAGUUGCUCUGCAUAUAAAACCAAACCUGCAGCCAGUGGUCAUUUCAAACAUCUUUAUGUUCAGAGACUGAGCCUUCGCAAGGUUGACUACCUCAGAUUUGCUGCACUUAAUUGUGGAUUUCAUGUGGAUCACAACUUCUGCAUAAGGUUACAGCUAUUAGUGUCGGUGUGAACCUUGAAACCAACUCUACUGGAUUCCUGUCAGCAAGCCUUCAGAAGUCAGCCGUCUGGGUUCUGAUCUGCUGUAGAAGAUGAAGAGUCAAGUGACCUUAAUUCGCCUGUCUGUGCCCCACCCUGAGGAAUACUCUGUAGGCUGUGGCUAUAUCAGACUGCCCGGAACAAGCCGCUGUCUGAACUGAUGUGUGUGGAUCAUCUGUGUGGGGCUAUGAUUUAUCAUUUAAGUUUUUAGUUGUAGGAUGAAGUGACUACAGAUUCAAUUCAACCAAACUUGGAUCCACCAAAUGGGAAAUGGGUGGGGGAUAGUUUUGUUUCUUUGAAUACCUUUUUAUUCAGAUAGUGCUUGUUCUGUUCCACAUUAAGGCCUUGCUUUGACUUGGAGUAAGUUCUUUAACAGCAUAUUGUGUGAUGAAAUAGCCUGAAUGAGGCAUUGGAAUUGUGAAAUGCCCUGUGAAUUUGCCAAUCCCUAGGUGGAACCAGAUCGCCUUUGAUAGAAAGGGCAGUGGAUGCCAGAGGCUCCACUCCAGGUGCUGCUCAAGCCUCCUCUAAUCAGGUCUAAAUUUAACUGCUGUGGACGGAGUGGUGUCUGCUCAGGUAGGGAGGGGUUCACUGAACUGUCUUAACAAUUCAAAGCAACAGGAGCAAAACCUCACCAACACCCUGAAGUUGUUUCAUGAAUCUUGCUUGGUGUCUGAUAAGAAAUCUGUGUGUGUACUCCAAAUUUGAAGAUACUGGCAAUUGUGUAGAUACAUUCCUUGUUCCAGCCAGCUUUUGUCCAUCUUGGGAGUAUGUUUGUGAUGAUCACUUGGAAAGGCAGGGGAAUAGCCAGUGAUGGAACACUUCUGUUCUUAGUAAUUACAGUUGAACUUUGCAGUAGUACUUGACCUUAAAGAGGUCACUGCUGUGUUCCUUUCCACCUAGUGAAAUAGUCUGGCAGUUACCUACUUCUGUGUCACUAGAAAUGGUUCAGUACAAGUACUCUAUAUUGGCAACUGAGACUGCAUGAUGGCAGUGCCUGGGUUUGUCUGUAAUGAGUCCCUUUGCCAAAUGCGGUUGAGACAGGAGUGAAACAUAAUGAGGGAAGCCCUCUUAGCUUGAGAAUAGGUCUUGAGUUCAGUGAGUGAGUGCGGCAGUGUAGGAAGCGGGAGGAGGUGUAGGCCAGUGUUUCCUGACCAGACUGCAUGCCAUUCUGGGCAGUAACAUUGGCGUGAUCUGAGUCAGCCAGGAGCACGUUGGGUGACUAGAAGUUUGAGAUUCUUGGUCAAACUGAAGACUUAUUUGGGCACCAGAAACCUUAACAAGUAAUCUCUCACCUUGAGCCACAUACUUCGCUUAAAGUAUGCUUUACACCCCCCACCCCCACCCCCAAAUCUGUUUGGGGUUAGGGUUUGAGAAGUGAACAGAGACAUGUGAAGAGGUUUGUUUAAUGGUAUACUGUACUGGAACACUGAAGACCUGCAGCAGAUGUAAAUUCCAAGUCUUGUUAUAAAUUUUUAAGAUUGUGAAAUUAUCAAAAUGCACAUGAAUCAAGUUUUAAUACACUGUCUGGGUGGAUGAGGCUGUCCAUUGCACCAUUUCUUUCUUUGGGUUCUCAGGCAUGGUUCGGCAGUGUAAGAACUCUGUAACAUUAACAUUGAAUAAAAAGUAAAUCUAUGAAUGGUAGAA